AAAAGCGGUGCGCUAUCGUAAUCCCACUCCGCUUCUCUUUUUCAGACUCAAGACUCCUACUUCCUUCACAACUACUACCCCCCGCCAUAAAACAUUCAUUCACCUGAUUUUAUGACGCCAUAAUUAUCCCUCAAUUUUGGGUAACUGAAGUUUUUAUUUCACUAACAUUUUCUUUAAAUUUUACUUAUUCUUCUUUUUUUUUUGUCCCAAAAAUAUUUUCUUUCUUAUUUAGCCAAAAAAAAAAUAAAAAAUACUGAAAUAACCCCAAGUUUCGUCACUUCUUCUUAUAUAUGGAGUAAUGGACCGCUGCUGGUGGAGUUCUUUACAAACCUCGCCAAAUUUCUGGGUUCUCCUUGAAUUUUCACAAGGAUGAGUCUAGAAUCAUCUAAAGACAACCGCAUUCUAGAUUCCAAUUUUAAUGAUAUUCAGUCUGCAAACAUGCCUGGGAAAAUGUAUGACUAUAAUAUUGUACCCACUACAAGACUACAGCGUCUUUUGAGGGAAAGGGAACUUAGAAGAUCAAACAGAUCGUUUCAAUCGUAUGAGGAUGUUAGAGAUGCUAAUGGAGAUGCAGAAACAAACGGACACAGUAAUGGCCUAUAUUUAUCUGAUCCUGAUAAGAGAUGUCAUGAAGAAGAUAUAUAUGAGCAGAUUACGGAUGCUAGACCUGUGAAUGAUAGCUAUGAGAAGCAAGAUGCACGACCAUCCAAGCAACGAUUACUAGUUGUAGCUAAUCGGCUCCCUGUAGCUGCAUUUAGAACGGGUGAGGACUCAUGGCAUCUGGAAAUCAGUGCAGGAGGCCUAGUCAGUGCUUUAUUGGGUGUCAAUGAAUUUGAAACCAGAUGGAUAGGAUGGGCUGGUGUGAACGUUCCUGAUGAAGCUGGGCAGAAAUCACUAGCUGAAGCUUUAGCGGAAAAGAGAUGUAUUCCAGUAUUUUUGGAUGAAGAAGUCGUUCAUCAAUACUACAACGGUUACUGUAAUAACAUACUGUGGCCACUUUUCCAUUACCUCGGGCUUCCACAAGAAGACCGCCUUGCUACAACCCGUAGCUUCCAGUCCCAGUUUGCAGCAUAUAAGAAAGCAAACCAAAUGUUUGCAGAUGUUGUGUAUGCAAAUUAUAAGGAAGGUGAUGUUAUCUGGUGUCACGACUACCAUCUCAUGUUUCUUCCAAAAUGCCUGAAAGAGUAUAACAGUGAAAUGAAAGUUGGCUGGUUUCUCCACACGCCUUUCCCUUCAUCAGAAAUACACCGAACAUUACCAUCUAGAUCAGAACUGCUAAGAUCUGUUCUUGCAGCUGAUUUGGUUGGCUUCCAUACCUAUGACUACGCCAGACAUUUUGUUAGUGCCUGUACACGUAUUCUUGGGCUUGAGGGCACACCUGAAGGGGUGGAGGAUCAAGGAAAGCUUACUCGUGUGGCAGCAUUUCCGAUCGGGAUAGAUUCUAAUCGAUUCAUUCGAGCUCUUGAGCUUCCUGAAGUGAAGGAGCACAUUAAGGAGUUGAAAGAGAGAUUUGCUGGUAGAAAGGUAAUGUUAGGGGUUGAUCGUCUGGAUAUGAUAAAGGGAAUUCCCCAAAAGAUAUUGGCAUUUGAAAAAUUUCUUGAAGAAAACCCUGUUUGGCGAGACCAAGUUGUCCUAUUACAAAUUGCAGUUCCGACAAGGACAGAUGUGCCAGAAUAUCAGAAACUGACAUGCCAAGUCCACGAAAUUGUCGGACGAAUAAAUGGAAGAUUUGGAACUCUGACAACUGUUCCAAUACAUCAUUUGGAUCGAUCUCUUGACUUUCAUGCACUAUGUGCUUUAUAUGCUGUCACUGAUGUGGCUCUGGUUACAUCUUUAAGGGAUGGGAUGAAUCUAGUUAGCUAUGAGUUUGUGGCCUGCCAAGCUGAGAAGAAAGGGGUUCUCAUUCUAAGUGAGUUCGCAGGUGCAGCUCAGUCUCUAGGUGCUGGAGCUAUACUGGUGAAUCCAUGGAACGUAACAGAAGUUGCUGCUUCAAUUGGUUAUGCUUUAACCAUGCCUGCUGAUGAAAGAGAAAAAAGACAUCAACACAAUUUCAUGCAUGUGACUACUCAUACAUCACAAGAAUGGGCAGAAACUUUUGUGAGUGAGCUCAAUGAUACUGUUGUGGAAGCUCAACUUAGGACAAGACAAAUUCCUCCUUUGCUUCCGACCAAAACUGCUGUGGAACGUUAUUUGCUCUCGAAAAAUAGAUUGCUCAUACUGGGGUUUAAUGCAACUCUGACUGAACCGGUGGAUACCCCUGGAAGAAGGAUUGACCAGUUCAAAGAAAUGGAACUUAAAUUGCAUCCUGAUCUAAAGGAACCUUUACAAAGGUUAUGCAGUGAUCCAAAGACUGUUGUUGUUAUUCUUAGCGGUAGUGACCGAAGUGUUCUUGACGAGAACUUUGGAGAAUAUAACUUGUGGCUUGCUGCAGAACAUGGUAUGUUUUUACGCUUUACAAAGGGAGAAUGGAUGACUACAAUGCCAGAAAAUCUGCACAUGGAUUGGGUGGACAGUGUAAAGCAUGUCUUUGAGUACUUCACAGAACGAACACCUCGAUCUCAUUUUGAGCUUCGUCAAACAUCACUUGUCUGGAACUAUAAGUAUGCAGAUGUGGAAUUUGGAAGGCUUCAAGCGAAAGAUUUACUACAACACCUCUGGACAGGGCCCAUUUCAAAUGCAUCAGUGGAUGUUGUCCAAGGUGGGCGUUCAGUUGAGGUCCGAGCAGUUGGCGUCACAAAGGGUGCUGCAAUUGACCGAAUCUUGGGAGAAAUAAUUCACCACAGUGAUGUCAGAGCACCAAUUGACUAUGUAUUAUGUGUUGGGCAUUUCCUAUCGAAGGAUGAAGAUAUCUACACAUUUUUCGAGCCAGAGCUUCCUCCCAGUGCUGUUACCUCAUCAAGAGCUAAGAUCACAAAGCCUACAAAUCGAACUGGUUCAAACCUUUCCACACGGAAUGGUAGCUUGAGGCCAUCUGGUGAAAAAGCUCCUAAACCUUUUCCAGCAACCAAGAAGAAAGCAAGUAGCAACGGGAAUGGACACUGGUGGUCCAUGAUGCGUGAUAGACUGACAGUGCAUGAAGGCUCGUCAGUUCUUGAUCUAAAGGGUGAUAAUUACUUUUCCUGUGCUGUUGGACGAAAGCGGUCUAGUGCCAGAUAUCUUCUUGGGUCAUCAGCUGAUGUAGUAGCAUUACUGAAGGAGCUGGCAGAUAGUCUAUCACAAAACUAGCUUUUACACACACUGCGGCUGUUAGCUUUCCAACAAGAAAAAAGUUGAGACACUGAGCAAUAUAUGACAACCCUACCAUGGUCUACCAGUUUUGGUAAUUCUAUGCAGGAACAGGAAUCGAGAUAACAAAGAUGGAGACUUGAACAUCCAAAUGCUCGGUACGCAGUCACCGGAAAACCUAGGAGUUAGCUUUCAUGGCAGAUGGCAUCCACGACAUGGCAGGAAAUAUGUGGAGGCGAUCUCUGGUAGCUUAGGUCUGUGCAUGUGUUGCAUGCUAAAAGAUAUUGCAAGAAGAUAAUUGCAACUGUGGAUAUAAACUCUAAUUUGUUUUCGCCUAUAAAUCUUAACCAUGUUAAUUUAGGUUCGAUAAUUUAUUUCUUCUUGCAUUAAGUCAUGGCCGUAUGAGAUUUAAUUUUCACAUUAGUAGUUCACAAAUUAUUGUGCUUGUGCAAGAAGAAUAUAUGAUCUAGGGAUGAUACUCUGAUAUUCAUAUUUAUCAGCCAUAACACAGUGAAUGUUCACUAUUAUAGUGGUUCAAUCAUUUUUG